CUGGUCUUGUCUGCUGUUCCUCUGACUCUCUGGUGUCUCCAGACUGAAGUCAUGGAAUCAGACAUCACUUUAGGUUCUGCGGUCUGAUUCUCUCAGGAAUCAUCGGAUCUGAUGGGACAUUUAAGGAUGUUUUUCCCUGAUGUCUCAUAUUCAUUGCUGUUGUUGGGAAUCUCGUGUCUGACUGGCUUCACUAAGACUUCACAGGAGUUUUCAGGUUAUCUGUCGCGUGUUCUGAGGAAUUACACUGAACAGGCGUGUGACGGAGAAUUCCUGACAGUUCGCUGCCCGGCCAGAACCUCCAUCACCGUCCAAUCAGCUUUCUACGGCAGAACAGACCCCGCCCACUCACCUCAGUGCCCAAACCCUUAUAGCAGUGCUGGACCACGCUCAGUGCAUGACAUCACUUCCUGUCAUGUGUCCACAUCCCUGCAGAAGAUGCUGGAUGAAUGUGAGGACAGGCGGAGAUGUCAGGUUCUUGUCAACAGUCGUUUGUUCGGGACGGACCCCUGUCCCACCAUCAGCAAAUACCUCAGUGUGCGGUACAAGUGCAGGCCAAGUGAGUAUAAGAGUAAAGUGGUGUGUGAAGGCGAACGUUUGCGGUUGGGCUGUAAGACAGGGAUGCAAAUUGCGGUUUAUUCGGCCAUGUUUGGCCGCUCACAGCAGGGAGCACUGGAGUGUCCUCCACACCACCGAAGGGCACCGUCUGUCGAUUGCUCAUCGGAUGUGGCUCUGCAGGUGAUGACAUCACGUUGCCAGGGGAAACGCUCCUGUGUGGUCCGUGCCUCGACACAGGAGUUUGGUGACCCUUGUUACCGUGGCACCCGCAAAUACCUCAGCGUCAUACACACCUGCGUCCCAAAGAAACUCGUGCAGGAGUCGGUUUCCAGGCAUCCAUCGUUCCCCUCUCCCCCAUCAGUGCCUCAUGACCCUGACGUGGUGGGAGACAGCGCUCCUCCUGACGGGACCCCGUCUCUGACCUCGGACUCCGCUCCAGGGAGGUCGACUCGAGGACGGAGUUCUGGUCCGUAUUCAGUAAAGCCUGGAGAAAGCCAUCCGAACCCAACCAUCUCCACCGUGAUCAGACCAACCAUGGCCCUCAUCAGCAGCAUGCUGGCGGCCUACACCUACAUCACAGAGCACCCGGAGCGCUGUGCGCUGUAUUUCAUGUGCGGCGUCUGUGCCGGUCUGUUCCUCACGCUCUUCGCGCUGGUGGUUCAGAUUUCCUGCCGUACAGACUGUAAACCUCGCCGUGCCGUCGCUAAGAAGCGUCCAAGACCCGCCGACUCCGACAGCGACUCCAGCGACUCCGAUUCAGACUGGGACUCCAGCUCGGACCUCUCAGCCCGACGGCACCGGCGCUUCGAGCGCACCCUCAACACAAACAUCUUCACGUCAGCGGAGGAGCUGGAGCGAGCUCAGCGGCUGGAGGAGAGAGAGCGGAUCAUACGGGAGAUCUGGAUGAACGGCCAGCCGGACGUCCCAGGAACCCGCAGCCUGAACCGCUACUACUAGAUCCAGACGAGAAGCUACUAACAAGACGCUGAAGCGGCUGGGUCCAUCGCCUUAGUGUGGCACUAAAUGGCAUAUUUGCAGUGGAAAUAAGCUCUUCAUUGACAUGCGGUUUAUCCAUGAGCUCCAACUGGUCACAUGCUGACAAGUCAGAUUUGGGAAUAUUGUUACCUGAAUAUCGUUCUUGAAGUUGGACAUUUUUUUGCAGCGUGUGGCUUCUGGGAGAUGUGGUUCAGUCGAUAGCUGGCUCUAGGAGUCUAUAGGCAGCUCUGAGAGGCGUGAUAAGCUCUAAGCACUGUGAUUGGUCCUUCACUCCGCCUGUCAAACAGUGAGGACCGCCUUCGGUAGGGAGAGACCUGAGCAAAUUAAGUGCCUUCCAGUUUGAUUUGAUCAGAUACACAUAUACAGUACAGAAAAACUAAAACAUAUUUGGACACUUAUAAAUAUCUGAAUGUCAUUGCAUUGGGAAGCAAAUAUAACAAACCAAGCUACAGCUGCAAGAAAAUUAAGCUGGAGCUUUUUGCAUCGUAUUUUUCUUAAUGACUUUUAAUCUAAACCGCAUUGCAUUUUUUGGUAACAUUUUACAAUGAGGCUCUAUUUGUUAACUACAUUAGUUAACAUGAACUAGCUAUUCAAAAUACUUUUAAAUCAUGAAUAAAAUUAAAAGUUCUAUGUUUGUAUUUAAUGGACUUGAGGUAUACAAGCCUGUUUCUCCAAAAAAUAAAAAAAAAUCAAUAAAAUAAAUGUAAUUUGCUCAUUUCCCUUUUAAUCUUGCAGUUACAAAUAAAUAAUUUAAUCUUGAAAUUUGUUGAUAUGAUGCUUCCUUCCAUACAAAUAAAUAAACAGUAUUUAUAUUGAUUAAAAUUUUUUUAAUAAAUACUGCUACAAAUAUAUUUUAGUUACAUUUGCUUUGCAUUUUUAGUUAUUU